AGUGACAUAAUUAUUAAUGCAUACUACCUACACCUAAAUCUAACACCAUGCUUAACCUCAGCAACCAAAAGGAAACCUUUUUUUUUUCCAAAAUAAAAGCUGCAGUUUUUGUGAAACAAACAACAGUUUGCCUUGUGGGGACCAGCCAAAUUCCUGUUACCUGCUCAGAUAUACCUAUCCUUGUGGGGACAUUUGGUCCCCGUGAGGAUAUCAAAACAGGCACGCACACACACACACACACACACACACACACACACACACACGAGAGGGGAAGAGAGAGAAAGAGAGAGAGAGAGAGAGGUCUUCACACAGCAGUGGUGUGUCUGCCUUCUCACGAGGACCUUUCACUAGGACCCGAUUAAUGCAACGGCGAAACUGGGACCACAAACCCACACGCACACGCAUACACACACACACACACACCCACACGCACUCGCGCGCGCGCGCGCGCUCUGCGGCAAUAAUCAGCAAAGAUAACGGGUUUGUAGGCGUGCACUUGAGCGUGUACCGAAGCCGAUAGUCAAAUCGCGACAUUGUGUGUCCUCGUCGUUGCCUCAAAGCGCCGGGACGGAAAGAGAAAACGGCAAAACCGAGACAGAAACAGCGCGCGCAGGAAGCCAGUCUCGGCACGAGUUGAGCGAGGCAGCGUCUUUUGCAGCACGAGCCCUCACUUCAGUCUGACUCUGCUUGAUUGACAGCUGGCUCGGUGGGAAAGAGACCUCGAGAGAAAGAUAGCGUCAGGGAAAGUGCUAUCGCCUUUCGUCUCGUCUUUCACAACAUGGCGUCCACACACACCCACACAAUGACAGAGAAAAAGUACUGGAGUUGACUUUUUGUUCUGUAGCACAUCGCCAGUUUAAAGCCUUCAAUGUCCUCUCGGAGCAGCAUCAGUUCUUGGAGCUGUGGAAGAAACCUUUCAAGAGGCUAUUUUUAGAGAAAGAACGGCUCGUAGAACUUUUUCAUGUCUGUUCGUCAGCCCAGAGGCCAUGGCACGGCCCUUGCUGAAGAUCCAGCGCUAUUUCCGCCGCAAGCCUGUGCGCUUCUUCUCCUUCAUCCUCCUCUACCUCACAGCCGGCAGUCUCGUCUUCCUCCACUCUGGCUUCUCGGGAGAUUCGGGCUCUGGGGGUGGACAUGGCCCACUAGCAUCAGUUGAGGGGGCCAUGGCUACAACCGCUGAGGGCUUGGGCAUCGUGAGGAGGGCAUUUAAGGACACGCGAACAACUCGAAGGUUCGGGCUCACCUGGACGAAAGCAAGAAACAGCAAAGAACCUGAGGAAGGCAGAGCAAAGUACAUCGGCUGCUAUGUAGACAACACUCACAAGAGGGCACUCAGAGGCAUCUCCUUCUUCGACUACAAAAAGAUGACUGUCUUCCGCUGUCAGGACAACUGUGCUGAAAGGGGCUAUUUGUAUGCUGGCCUGGAGUUCGGAGCGGAGUGUUACUGCGGCCACAGGAUUCAGGCGGCGAACGUGUCAGACAACGAGUGUAACAUGCAGUGUAAGGGUGAGAAGAGCAAGCUGUGUGGAGGAGCCAACCGCCUGUCCAUCUACAGACUGGAAUUGAGCCAGGAGUCAGCACGGAGAUAUGGGAGUGCCAUCUUUAAAGGCUGUUUCAGGAGACCGGACAAUGUCACACUAGCGCUUCCUGCUGCUGCUGUAAUUCAGAACAUGUCCGUGGAGAAAUGUGUAGACAUGUGCACAGAGAAGGAGUUUUCUCUGGCUGCUUUGGCUGGGAUUAAAUGCCACUGUGGUUUCCCAACCACCCUCUUCACACUGCACGAGCCUGAGGAAGAGGAUCUGUGCCUUAAUCGCUGUGCAGCCGAGGACUUCGAGAGCUGUGGAAAUGACGAAUACUUUGUAGUUUACCAAACACAAGUGCAAGACAAUCGAUGUAUGGACCGGCGGUUCCUGCCCACACGUUCAAAAAAGCUGACGGCUUUAGCAAGCUUCCCUGGAGCUGGAAAUACUUGGGCUCGCCACCUCAUUGAGUUGGCCACUGGAUAUUAUACAGGGAGUUAUUACUUUGAUGGUUCACUCUACAAUAAGGGUUUUAAAGGAGAGAGGGACCACUGGCGCAGCGGCAGGACAAUUUGCAUAAAGACACACGAGAGCGGGAGGAAAGAAAUCGAGUCCUUCGACUCCAGCAUCCUGAUGAUCCGCAACCCCUACAAGGCCCUCAUGGCUGAAUUCAACCGCAAGUAUGGCGGCCAUAUCGGAUUCGCUUCUCAGGCCCACUGGAAAGGAAAAGAAUGGCCUGAGUUUGUAAAGAACUAUGCACCAUGGUGGGCAUCACACACACUCGACUGGAUCCAAUACGGUAAAAAUGUGCACCUGGUGCACUUUGAGGAGCUGAAGCGUGACCUUUUCAUCCAGCUGAAGCGCAUGGUUCUCUUCUUGGGCCUUGAUGUUUCAGAGGAUCGGCUGCUGUGCGUCGUGGCACAAAAGGACGGCAACUUCAAGCGCUCAGGCCUCAGAAAGCUUGAGUAUGAUCCAUACACACCGGAGAUGCGGGAAAAGAUUGACAGCCUCAUACACAGCGUGGACGUUGCACUCAAACUGAGGAACCUUUCAGGGGUUCCAGAUGAUUAUAGACCGAGAUGAUACAACCUCCCACUCUUCCCUCAUCUGGUCAUUUUUGUUUCUGUAGUAUUUUUGGGUUAGAAGUUUGUUUUUUCUUGCUCUCUUCCUGAUGAAAAAAAAACAACAGUUUCCUUAUUUUUGUGGCUCAACCAAAAAAAAGACCUUUAAGAAGAGGAACACUAAGAACACUAAACCAGCACUUUGAGCAGAUACAGAAGGAAGAAAAGUUCCUAAAAGUCACAUGACAUGCUGACAAAGCAAGACAAUCUGGUGACUAUAGGCAACUGACUAUGAGGGCUAUAGUGGGUGAAGCACUUUUUUAUGUAUUGUCUCCGCUGUGUGUGUGUGUGUGUGUGUGUGUGUGUGUGUAUGUGUGUGUUUGGUAUUACACUCUGAAGUCUUGGAGACAUGCUGUAUUGAAACACAGUUUGCUGGCCAGACCAACGUUAUGGCACUAAGUGAUGUAAUGAAGUGUGCAGCUCACAUUUGGACUUGAUGUCAUAACCUGCUAGUUUUAUGUCUUCAUUUUUGCCACAGUUCAGCAAAGAGAAACAUAAUUAUUCAAAGAGAAAUGUGGUAGAGCAGACAAUGAGCAGAAAUAUGAGGCUUUUAUGUUGAAAGGAAAAUUUUAUUGCCACAAAUUGCCAGGUUGCAUGAAUGAAGAUGAAUGAAGGCAUAAGCAAACAAACAAACAUAAAAGUUACAUGUAUAAUCCAGGUGCAUUGUGCAAAGCCUGAAAUAAGACAUAUUAAGUUCGGAAGGAAUGUGUGGAAAAAGUCUAUUCACUUUGACAAUUUGCUUAAGGUGACGCAGGCUGAUGAUAUAUCUGUGUCACAACGCCAGUGACUCCAGUAUGAAUCAUUCUAAGGUUGACGUAAAGUGGAAUAUGAUCUCAUGUCAGUCAUGUUUAGGUUCCUGUGGUCACAGCUCUAAUACAAUUAAUCGUUCAUGGCCACAAAACAGAUGGUGAACAAAUAACAAUGUUUUGACAAUCUGGUUUUAGAAUGAAAAAAUUUGUAGAUCAUAAACUCAGCAUUUUGGACCCUUCUGUAGCUACACAGUGACCAUUAACUGUAUUAUUGUGUUUAUGCUAAAAGCGAUGAAUUAAAGGUAUAGAAUAAGAAUCUUGUAUGCAGAAGCUUUGAAACAAAUGCUGCUUCCUAAGAACGCAACGUCCUCUCUCCUUUCUAUUUCUAGACGUUCUCUCUUUCUCUCUCUCUCUCUCUCUUUCUCUCUCUCUCUCUCUCUCUCUCAGAAAGCUCUUUGCAAGACCACUUGAUUUUGAAUAACAUUGUAAAAUGCGACUAUGGGAGUUUUUCCUUUGGAAAGAGGAGACUGUUACCAUUAAAUCAGCUUGCGAGCUCUUUUUCAUUAACUGUAUUAACUGUAGAGAUGAAAAUCCAAAAGCCAAGAAAAUGGCUCAAGAUACUGUGUAUGUGCUCACGCCACCUUCUUCAGACCACUGAGAAACUACAGACUUUGAUAUUCAAAUAGUGAUUCAUUAACCCCUGCACGACUUGUAUGAUUAACUACAGAGUUUUCCACUCACCUCUCUGAUUUGUGUUUACAUUACACUACCCAGUUACAUUAACAAGCUGUUCAUUAUUUUACUGCCACCAUGACUGUGUGUUCCUUUGACAUUAUAGGCCUCAUUUAACAAAGCUGAAUACAGUACAAACUAAUUUAUUUGUAAAUCAUUCACAGAAACAUGUACAGGAGGUGGUAUUCAUGAAAACCCAGUUUGAUUUUCCUGAGUUUUUGUAAAUUUACAUGUAAGGAGACUUAUAAAUGUGAACCUCGUUUGAUUGGCUUCAAACUGGCUUCAAUUUAGAUUGUACUGUCAAGUUUAAGUCAUAUUUAUUUCACUUACACACAGAUUUAAUGAACAUUUUGUGAAACUCAUUUUAUAUCUCAUAUCAAAAUCAUUUUAUAUUAAUGACUUGAAAGGAAGAAAUCCAAGCCAAGUCUAUAAAUUAACAAAAAUAAAAUAAGACAAGCCAUUCAAAUAGGACAAAAGUAAUGGCCCCCUAUAAAAGGAGGAAGAAUUAGCGUGUAACUGUGGCAGCUGACAUGCUGCAGUGGCUGAGCUGCAUUACUGGAAGAUUCAGGACACGCCGUGCUCAGGAGGCACCCUUUCACUGUUUAGAUGUCAUUUUGUCAUUUUAAGCUCUGUGAACUUUGCCUUUUGUGGAGUUUUGUCUAUGGCGCUAAAUGUAAUUCAGCUGAACUGAGAAUGCAUGUGGUAAUUAAUUGACAUUUAUCAACAUGCGCAUGAGUAUGAAGAAAAUCUGCGUUACUGAAACUUUUGUAAAUCUGGCGGGAUUUUUUUAGUUCGGUUUGGCCUAUGAAAAGAUUUACACACGACUUUACUAAAAGAUUGAUUAAUGAGGCCUAUUGGUUGCUUGUCUCUGUUGCAGUAAG